GAAAACGGUAAUUGGUAUCUGGCAUGUACGAAUAUCCGACCCUUAUCUAUUAACAAUUGACAGAACACCGUCCCACCCCACGAACGAGAUACAUAUUCACGACUUCGAGAUCUAACCAAUUCGAAUUCGUUACGAAGCAGGGUCUCGAUGCUAGGUUCUCGGAGUCGGCAGCGCCAUGGACGGUGAUCCAGCAGUCGAACCGGAGCUCGACUCCUUCAGCUUGACGUUUCCCUUGCCGUACCGCGUCGCCUUCAUAAUCGUACUAGCGGUCUGGGCUUGGGGCAUCAACCUGCACUACCUAUACCUAUCCGGCAUCGACGUGCCCUCGCUGAUCCGGUACCCGGGCCGGUCCUCGCCGCACCACCCGACGCACCACCUGUCCACCUACCGCCUCGCCACCGUGCUCUCCGCCGUCUUCGCCUUCGCCCUGCUCGUCUUCUGGGCCUUUACCCACCGCGACCCGGACCUGGUGCUAGCCUGGGACUGGCUCCCGCUGCUGUACCUCGCCGUGCUCAUCGGCAUCCUCGUCUUCGCGCCCUUCUUCAAGUCGCUAUCGCACGGCGGGCGCGCGCGCCUACGCGCCACGCUCCGCCGUAUUAGCGUCGGCGGGCUCGCCGAGGCCAAGGAUGGCAAGUUUGGCGAUAUUCUGCUGGCUGAUGUGCUGACGAGCUACGCCAAGGUCUUCGCGGACUUGUACGUUGCGCUAUGUAUGCUCUUCCGGAGCGAAGGCAGCGCGACUGCGCGUCCGGACCGAGGUUGCGGAGGCACUUUCAUGGUGCCGCUUGUCAUGGCGGUGCCUUCGCUUAUCCGUCUGCGCCAGUGCCUCAUCGAGUACGGCCGAGUACGGCGCGGGCGUAUCACCGAGUCCACGGGCUGGGGCGGCCAGCAUCUGGCCAACGCGCUCAAGUAUUUCACCGCGUUCCCCGUCAUCAUCUUCAGCACGUUACAGCGGAACUCUACAGGCGGGCAACCUCCGCCCAUUGGUUACUACCGGGCGUGGAUUGUAGCCUGCGUCGUCAACUCUUUGUAUAGUUUCUACUGGGACGUAGCUAAGGAUUGGGACUUAACACUAUUCGACGCAAAAGCGAGGAACGCGCCGGACUUGACGGCGUUCGGCCUACGGCGGCGUCUGCAUGUCGGGCCACCGGCGUUGUACUACGCCGUCAUUGCGAUGGAUCUGGUGCUGCGGUGCACGUGGAGUUUAAAGCUAAGCCCGCAUCUAGGUCGGAUGGCUGACUGGGAGGGAUCCAUCUUCGUGAUUGAGUUGCUCGAAGUUUUCCGUCGAUGGGUGUGGAUAUUCUUCCGUGUCGAGACCGAAUGGAUUCGUAAUACGAACGUCGCCGGUCCUGGUGUUGACGACGUCCUACUUCCAGACUACCACAAUAACAAUAUCCAAGGCCCCAGGUACCAAGAUGACGACUAGGAGUGGAGCAUCGAGCGAGGGUGGUCACGAUAGAGGAUUAGAAGAGAAGUCUAUUGAAAUAUAUUAGAAGGGGUACUACGGAGGGAUGUCUUCACGUUAUAAGAAUCAUGAGAAUAGAAUAGGGGGUGUGUAUAUCUGUUCUAUAUAUGCUCACGUGUCGGCGUCAUAAUUGCAUAGCAGGCGUUGUUUGUUAGACUAGGUACGGUCAAGCAGGCUGUUGAUUACCAGCUAAUAUAAUCUUUGGAAGCGUACCUAAAGUAUAUAUAUAGUAAACCUCCCUGGGGCUAUUAUUGACGGA